AUGGAUCAAGACGAUGAACCGAAAUGGAUAAGGAGGGAAAAAGAUUCCCUUCAAGCUCCAUUUAGUCCAGAACAUCGGUCGAUUUUUCCUGACGAUAGUCAAGAUAAGCCAACCGAUGAUAAAGAAAAUCUUAGUAGUUUUAAGCCCAUUAAUUUCUUGGAUACGCCCCAAAGAUUUCCCAGAAUUUCGGAAACACCUUUUGAAACUUCCAAAUUGAAUGAGUUUGAAUCAAUCCAAAGACCUGAUGAUGAUCAAGGAGGUCAACUCACUGGAGAAAUCAUACCAGAUGAAAUAGAAUCUACCACAAGCACAAGCGUUAACAGAGAGGAAAAAGUGCUUAAUUUUAAUCCCCAACGACUUCCCAGACCCCAACAUCUAAUAAGUUAUCCGUUUCCAAAAGAAAGUCCAGGAAACACUUUGAAUUUUGCUCAUAGACCAAAUAAUUUUGUAAGGGUAAUUUAUCCUCCAGAUAAAAAUCACAAUACCCUUUUAACUGGAGAAAGUCCUGUUACUUUCGUUGCUUCGAACAGAAAAGAGGACGAUACACCAUCGAUUGGAACGGAUACUACAGUAAAUAAAAAUCCAAAUAAUGCAGGGAGCGGACGUCAUUUUAAACCACAGACCCUGCUUCGAAUUUCUGAAACUUUGGGAGCUUUAAACACAGUCGGAAGGUUUUUGGUUAAUAUGACUUCCGGAAUUGAAACACCAAGUGACGAAGUCCCAACUGCUAUAUACACGAUAAGCAAAAAUGUUCUUGGGCCCAAUGUUACCGAUACCAUUGCACCCUUUGUACUUCCAAAUGUAGGCGGACUUAAAAUUACUAAUAAUGCACCUAGUACUCCACCACCAGAAAAGGAUCUCAGGAUAUGUACAACUCCCGAAAAUCUUCCUGGGUACUGCGAUGACCUGAGCGUGUGCCCGCAAUUGCUUCUGAACUUACGAAUUUUACGGGAAUCUAUCUGCUUUAAAAGUCUUUUUGUUCCCGGUGUUUGUUGUCCCCGUUCAAUCGACAAAAUCGAAUCUAUUAUUCAAACUACAACUACCACUACCACAAGUACCACAACAAACAAUCCAAUUAUAUCGCAAAAUUCUACAAUCGUAAAUUCCGAAAACGUCGCACAAACUACUGCCUCAACUUUAAUCUCAUCUUCUACUGUUUUAAAACCUUCUUCAGUUCUAAUAGGAAACAGCACAAAACCUCUUCUUUCUUUGAAUGGAAACGUUAUAGAUCCAAAAGAUUGUGGUCAGUCACAAUCGGCGAAGUUUAGAGUAGUUGGUGGUGAAGAAGCGCUUCCUGGAAGAUGGCCGUGGAUGGCGGCGAUAUUUCUUCAUGGUAAUAAAAGAACGGAAUUUUGGUGCGGUGGCUCUCUAAUAACUGCGAAACAUGUGCUUUCGGCAGCCCAUUGUACCAGAGACUCUCAGCAAAGACCUUUUCCAGCUCGACAAUUUACGAUAAGGUUGGGAGAUAUUGAUUUGAAAAGAACUGAUGAGCCGUCAGCACCUGUAACUUUCAAAGUAAAAGAAGUAAAAACGCAUCCCCAGUUCAGUAGAAUCGGUUUCUACAAUGACAUAGCCAUAUUCGUAUUGGAUAGACAGGCCAGAAGGUCGCGAUACGUUAUACCAUUGUGUUUACCACCACCCCAAUUACGAAAAGAAUCGUUCGCUGGACAAAGAACCACCGUCGUAGGAUGGGGAACUACCUAUUAUGGUGGUAAGGAGAGUACUGUUCAAAGACAAGCAAUUCUUCCAAUUUGGAGAAAUGAAGAUUGCGACCAGGCAUAUUUCCAGCCAAUUACAUCUAAUUUUAUAUGCGCAGGGUACUCUCGAGGGGGCACCGAUGCAUGUCAAGGGGAUUCAGGGGGUCCUUUGAUGUUACAGCGGAAUGCGCGUUGGAUACAAGUGGGGGUAGUUUCAUUUGGUAAUAAAUGUGGGGAACCCGGGUACCCUGGAGUCUACACGAGGGUAACAGAGUACUUAGACUGGAUAAAUGAAAAUAUAAAAGACUGAGCCAUUAUAUAACGAUAAUUAAAAAAUAAAUAA